UUGGAGAUCACUGGGGCAGCGAUAUGGAUCAACCCGUUUGUGGGCAUCUUGACGAUCAUCGCUCUGUGGCCCGUGGCGAUCCUCUUCAUGCACCUGAAGACGGCCUUACGGACGCUGAGGAUCAUCCCAAAGUACGCCAUGUAUCAGCUGGUACUGAUCCUGAGCCAGAUGCAGUUGACCAUCAUCAUCUUGGUCAUGAGCACAACCAUCGCCUGCUCUCCACCGUUCUCCUCUAAGGCCAGAGGACACAUGCUGAAUCAGCAGCUGCUCAUCCUGGAGAUGUUCAUCAUCACGCUCGUGACACGGCUGCUGUAUCGGCGACAGUUCGACCCGUUACCCAAAGAAGAACCCGACAACAACGAAAACACCUACAUGUUAGCAAUACCGAUUUCUGCGUGAGAGCAGAUUCAUUCCAGUGACUUCAAGUGU